AAUGACCAAAGGUUUAACUGUCCCAGCAUGUACAGUGCAUUAUAAUUUCAUGGUUAUGUUAGUACCCUGCCUACUUUCACGUGCAUCAUUGUACUGCAGGUCUUUUCAGAUAGUUUUAUUUCGGAUAAUUCUUAAAUAACUUUCUAAAAAAAGCCUUUUUGUCCCAGUGAAAAACUCAAAUGUGCAAUAAUUUCCCUGUUAGAUGGGGCUAUAAAUCGAAAAAGGCGUUGCAUUGUUCUAUUGACAUGUUUGUAUAUUUGAAUAUUUGAACAACCAGAGGAUGAUCCAAGAAAGGGAUUUUCUUUUUUAAGGUCAUAGCAGUGGUGAUGGACAUCUUUACUGAUGCGGACAUCUUCAGGGAUCUGCUGGACGCUGGCUUCAAAAGGAAGGUGUCUGUUUACAUCCUGCUGGAACGUACGGCGCUACCUCAUUUCCUGUCCAUGUGUCAGAGGGCUGGCAUGCAUGCCGGACAUCUCAAACAUCUUCGCGUGCGCUGCUCCCAGGGUGCAGAGUUCUUCAGUCGACACUGCAUGAAGGUCAGAGGGCAAAUGGGGCACAGAUUCAUGUUCAUCGAUGGCGACAAAGCGGUGUCAGGCUCGUACAGGUCAGUGUGUGCUUUGUUCAUGAAUGGUGUGAGUACAUUUUAA